AUGUCAGGAAAUAUUGGAGCCGUGCCAGUAAUAAGAGAUAAUAUAUCUGAGCAUUUAAUAUUUAUGGAAAUGUCAAACAGCGAAUCCACUAACCUGCACAAAGAAAAUUCACCAAAAGAGGCGCGGCGUAUAACAGAAAUUGAAUUUGCACAUUGGGCGCAAACGGAUACGAGAAGGUGGCGGAAGGGUAUGCGGGGGGAGGUCGUCCGGGCGGGGGGGAGGGGCGAGGUUGCAGGCUCCGUAGCUGUUCAGGUGAGCGGGCGUCUGUGUGCGUCAGCUGAAUCCCGGGGAGGCGCGAGCAAUGACGAGCUCGUUGCUAUAACGACAGUCAGAAUCUAA